GGCUCUCUAUCCUUCUCUCUCGAUCUCUCGUUCCGAGGCAGAGAGAGGUGGAAGAAUCUGCAACGGCUUUGCAGAGAUCAUGGACCUGUGAUUAGUCUCUGAUCAGCUUGUCUAUUUGCUUCUCGUUCCCUUCCUCCCAUCCUUAUCACUCUCUCUCUUUAGGUUGGUGAUAGUAAUAUUAUUAAAAAAAGAGAGAAGAAAGAAAAAUGGCAGUGGUCGCAGAGCUAUCAAUGUCUCGCUACUGUUUGCCUCUCUCUCUUUCUUCCCCCUCCUGUUCCUUCUCCGCCUCCUGCAUUUAUUCCGUUGCUUUUAUCCGCCUCUUUAACUUCACCUCCUUUCCGCUGCACUCUUCCAUAGAACAUUUCCUGGUCUUCUUCAGAGCCUUUCCUCUGCCUCCUGUAAAAGCCUGAAGAACAAAAGUGAGAGAGACAGUGAGAGAGUGGAGAGGUUAUGUUUUUCCCAAGCGGUGUUCAUGCUUUUUUAUUGCCUGUGAGAAUGGUUUCCUUUGGGGAGGAAGAAGAAAAGGAAGAAGGGGACAUACCACUGUCAGGUCGCUUCUGAUCCCUUUUCAUGGAAGGAGCUUGGGGUUUCGUUGGGGAGCAUAGGAAAUGCAGGUAGGAGGUGGAAUUGGUUGAUGCAAAGAGGACUGUGGAUUGGUUGUUCGUUGCUGUUCUUCUUCUUUCCUAUAAGGAAGAAACAUGGAAAGAGGCCGCCAUUCUGUUGAUUUGCCGAUUUCCAGAACCCUUGUUGCUCUUAGAAGGGUUAGGUCCUUGAGGGAUCCCACCACCAAUUCCAUGAGCAGAAUUUCUGCCUUCACCAGCAAUUUGGAUUGGGAAACCCAGUCUUGCAAUGCCGGUUGGAAUGGUGUAGGGAAGGAAUCCCAUUUUGAUGAAGGGGACAGAGAAUGCAGGUUGCGAUCUGUAGAGGCAUUGUUUGAAGGUGAUGGUAGGAGGAGGAUUGAUGGUGCCCAUCAAGUUGGCACUUCUACUGCUGCUAGAAUUAGCAGAAAUGGCAGUCUUCGGAGGCAGGUUGAUGCUGAAUCCAACGCUUCUGUGUCGAGUCACGAAGGAAGACGUGAUGACAAGGUAUUAGUGCAGGAAAACAGGCUUAAAUACAACAAGGAAUUUAAUGUCAGGAGCAAGAAGUUGGAAGCCAAAGAGCUGAAAGAAAUCCUGUAUUCCAAUAAUGAUACAGGAUCUUGUUCGACUGCUCUUCGUUCCAAUUUGGGUUCACCUUGCUAUUCGCUGGAUCAAGAGGUUUGUCAUUCGCCUUCCUUAUCUGCAUUGGAGAACUAUCCAAGUGAUCCAAGAAGGUUGGAAUGCAAUAGGAUGGUCAAUGCGUUGGAUGGACUAGCAGAAGAGGUGAAGCAUGUGAGCAGCCAGUGUUCGCCUCUAUCUGAGUGUCAAAGCAAUGGCUUUGAACAACGCAAAGUCAGGAUGGAUUACAGCAAGCAUGUCAAGCCAUGGGGACACAGCGAGGAGGAUUUUGAAUGUGAAGAUGAACUUGCUUGUUGUUGUUCAACAAGAACCAUGAGAUUUAGCAAUAGAUUCUUUCCCCAUCUUUGCAGAUGUGGCUUGCCAUCCAAUCAGGUCCGGUGCUCUAGAAGAAAGUCAUCCAAGCUAUAUAAGAGCAACAACAUCAAUUUUCACAAGGCAUCCAUGUCAGACAACUCAAGCCCCUCUGUUCCUUUGUUAAGAAGUACAGGAGAGGAUAUCCGGCAUUUGAGAGCAGAAUGUAUAAAUGGGUGCUUCUGCCGGCAUGAAAAUUUGGCCUUUGAGGAUGCUGAUGAUCGCUGUAGUGUACAACAUUCAGAGGGUACCAGAGCGUCGACAUAUCAGAACCAAGAAACAAGUUUGUGUUCUGUUGAUGAUGCAAAAUGUUUAAGCCAAAAGUUCCGGCCAAAGAGUUUUGACGAUCUCGUAGGCCAAAAUCUUGUCGUUCAAUCUCUCAAGAAUGCUGUCUUGAAAGGCAAGGUAGCGCCCUUUUAUCUUUUCGAAGGUCCUCAUGGUACGGGUAAAACAUCGACUGCUAGAGUGUUCUCCACGGCUUUGAACUGUCUUUCUACAGAGGAUCUCAGACCAUGUGGAUUCUGCUUGGAGUGCAUUGCAUUCUUAUCUGGGCAGAGUGUAGAUAUCAAAGAGAUCGACUUUGGUAGGGCCAAACAUAUGUUUAUGUUAAAGUCACUUGUAAAACAUGCCACAAUUCAUUCACCUGCUACAUCUCGGUAUAGCAUAUUUAUCUUAAAUGAGUGCCACUUACUUCAGGGGGAGCUAUGGGCUUCUCUUUUGAAGUGCAUGGAGAAACUCCCUAGAUAUGUCGUCUUCAUAUUUAUCACAGCUGACCCUGAUAAGCUGCCCCGUGCUGCCUUAUCUCGAUGCCAGAGGUAUCAUUUUUCCAAGAUAAAGCCGAAGGAGAUUUUAAGCAGGCUGUGUAGACUUUGUGUUCAAGAAAAUAUGGAUUUUGAUAAGUCUGCAUUGGAGUACGUAGCUGGUAAAUCCAACGGUUCUCUUCAAGACGCGGAAGCCAUGCUUGAGCAGCUGACUUUGCUGGGUCAAAGGAUCACCGUACCUUUAGUGCUUGAGCUGACGGGAGUAAUAUCAGAUGACGAGCUGUUCGAUUUGCUGGACAUGGCCUUAUCAGCAGAUACAUGCAACACAGUGCGAAGGGCUAGGGAGCUUAUGAGAUCUAGAGUUGAUCCCAUGGCCUUGGUUUCACAAUUGGCGAAUCUUAUUAUGGACAUUCUGGCGGGCUGGCGCCAAUGGAGAAUCUCUGGAAUCAGUAGAAAGUUUUUCAAGAGCCAUAGCUUAACUGAGGUUGAGUUACAAAGACUGCGUCAUUCGCUAAAAAUACUUUCUGAAGCAGAAAAGCAGCUGAGGAUGUCAAAGAACCAAACUACAUGGCUGACUGUAGCACUAUUGCAGUUUGGUAAUAUGGAGCCUUCUUUACCUCUAAACCUUGAUAAUCCAUGGGCAUCCCAGGGCUCACCUGAAUUGAGAGACGAUAACUUCUCGUGUGCAUCCUUUCCUGUUGAUAGCUCAAGGAACUCGCUUGUUCAUGUAAUGGAUAUUCAUGAACCAUAUUGGCUUGAGUUGCAGAAUGAUAAGUCUGGCACAUUAGAUGCUGUCUGGAGAAAAACGCUUGCAAACCUACAGUCUAGAACUCUAAAAGACUUUCUAGAAAGGGAAGGCCAAUUGUCAUCCCUUUGUAUUGAUAAAGGUCUUGGAAUAGCUGAAUUGCAAUUCCGUCAUCCUGAACAAGUAUUGAGGGCUGAAAAGUCACAGAAGCAUAUUAAAAAUUCUCUUAGGGGAGUGUUGGGUUGUGAUAUGGAAGUCAGAAUUAAUCUCAUCCCAGUGUCUUACCCAGAAUCCAGUGUGGAAGUUCAGCAGUCAUAUCGAAGUAAACCAGGAAAUAAAGGCCCCAGUGCCAAUGAGAACUAUCUAAAUUCUCCUCUCUCACAUCAGCAACCAAAAACUAGUAGAAGGAAACACAAAAGCAAACUUUCUGAGGUUAAUGUUUGCCAUUUCUUUCCAUGUAUGCGGAAACAAGAUUCAAAAAACAUGCAAGAGGUAGCCCUUCACCCAAAAGAAAUAUACUCUCCCGAUAAUCUCGGCAGAAAUGCUGCAGUUGAGGAUGCUGCCAAGAACCAGAAGAUAGGUAAUGGUGAUGCAGCAAGUGUGUGUGUUCUUGAAAAUGCAUGCUUGAAGCAAGUUAAACAUCGUGACUUCCAAUAUCAGGCCCUUGCCACACCCAAAAUCCACAAGAGCUGCUUCCCUGUGGUCAUCAGAUUCCGAAGAAGGCUGCAUGCAUCUGAUAAUGUCCAAACCGUGGAUUUGAAGACCAAUGUUCAUGAAGAGCUUGAACAUUCUGAUCCAAGGGAGGCAUCCUUUAAGGCCUAUAUUUGCACAGAUGACUCAUGUGUCUCCUCUUCAAAUCCAUGUUCCCAAUCUACCUUCAACAACAAAUUCAAUAACCAGGACAAGUCAAGCAAAUGUUCAAGAACUGCGUUUAAGUUUCACUGUUGGAAAGCUCCAAAGUUCUGCAUUAAGAAGAUCUGGAAGAAAAGAAGGCAGCGGCAAUGGAAAUCCAGAUUGAUCAGGUGGGUCCUACAUUGUACAGCUGAGGAUUAGGUCGAUGGAUCUAUGAUGAUUUGUAGCAGCUAUGACAAUUAGACAUAGCAAAAAUCUGUUGCUCAGAGGCACAAUCUUUCCAUGUGAUGCAUUUGCAAUAUGUUCUGCUGCUACUAGUGCCUAUCUUUGCAGCAAGCUGGAGGUGCCUAUUCUAUCAAGGGAGUAAAAUUUUGGCAACUUUAGGAGUUUAUUCCGGUGGCUUAAUUUGAUUUUUUUUUUUCGAUAUCAUAUUGAGUUAUUGAUUAAUGCUGGGCUAAAACGAUUCAGCAGGAGCUGUGAAUAUGAAAAAUAUGUAACACAGACAGUAUCACUGGUUCACGUGGCAUCGGAAUGCUCCUUAAGUUACAAGAUUAAGCACUACAUUCCGGCAGAUUGGUAUAUAUACUGAUCGUAUUUGUUUCGAAGAACAGUACUUGCAUUUUUGUAUCAAGAGGUAUCAAAUUGGUGCUAUAGAAGCCUCACUUGUUUCUUGCAUGAAACAAUUUGAUGCAGAGUGGUAAUUGUUCUUAUUUUCUUGCAUUAGAUUGAAGGUUGCUGUUACUUUAGGAGGCCGUUUGGUAAUAGGAACAACUUGUUACUAUUCCAUAAAUUAUGCUCAAGGCAGAUUCAUAGAGUAUUGUGUUAUAGUGUUUUACAAA